GAAAACCCCCAAAGGGCAGAAAAUAUCUCAUCAGCUGGUUUCGGAAUAAAUAGAAGGCACGGGUGCAUACAAUACAUUUCUCGUGUUCCUCCAUACAUCCUUCUAGGGUUCCACCGUUCCCCCCCUCUCUGAACCCCAUUUCAUCACGAUGCAACCAGCGAAUUCCAUGGUUCCACCACCACAGUACCAGCAGACACAGCAGUGGAUGGCUCAACCGCCGCCGCAGUAUCAGGUUGCGCCUCCGCAGCAAUCGGGAUAUUACUACCAGCAACCUCCGCAACAGGGCGGAGUUCCUCCACCCCAACAACAACAGCUUCAGUACGACGCCUCUGGUUUGGCUGCUACUGCCUGUUCUGUUCAGCCGACUAGUGCUGAUGAGAUCCGAAGCCUUUGGAUCGGAGAUCUACAGUUUUGGAUGGAUGAGCAAUACCUUCUCAACUGUUUCGCACAAACUGGAGAGGUGACCUCUGCUAAAGUUAUUCGUAACAAGCAAAGUGGACAAUCAGAGGGUUAUGGCUUUAUUGAGUUUAUUAGUCAUGCUGCUGCAGAAAGGAAUCUGCAAGCAUAUAAUGGUACCUUGAUGCCUAAUAUUGAGCAAAAUUUCAGACUCAACUGGGCUUCACUCGGUUCUGGUGAAAAACGUUCUGAUAAUGGUCCUGAAUAUACAAUAUUUGUUGGUGACUUGGCAGCCGAUGUUUCUGAUUAUAUGCUUCAGGAGACAUUUAGGGCUAACUAUCCUUCUGUGAAGGGCGCUAAGGUUGUAACAGAUAAGGCCACGGGGCGCACCAAGGGUUAUGGUUUUGUUAAGUUUGGGGAUGAAAGUGAGCAGUUGCGCGCUAUGACUGAGAUGAAUGGACAGUUUUGCUCCACUAGGCCCAUGCGGAUUGGUCCCGCAGCUAACAAGAAGAGUAUGGGUGGUCAAAGUCAAGCUUCGUAUCAAAGUUCACCUGGAACUCAAAAUGAGGACGACCCAUCUAAUACCACUAUUUUUGUUGGGAACUUGGAUUCCAAUAUAACGGAUGAACAUUUAAGGCAGAUUUUUGGACAUUAUGGGCAGUUGCUUCAUGUAAAAAUACCAGUAGGCAAGCGGUGUGGCUUUAUUCAGUUUGCUGAUAGAAGUUGUGCUGAGGAAGCUCUACGGGUAUUAAAUGGAACUCAGCUGGGUGGACAAAGCAUCCGUCUUUCAUGGGGUCGAAGUCCUGCAAACAAGCAGCAGCCUCAACUUGAUCCAAACCAGUAUGCUGGUUAUUAUGGGUAUACAGCUGGAUAUGAAGGUUAUGGUUAUGCCCCCCCUGCUCAGGAUCCAAAUCAGUAUUAUGCGGGCUAUGCUGGAUAUGGAAAUUACGCACAACCUCAACAGCAGCAGCAAGUUUUGCAGCAUCCUCAGUGAUAUAUGCUGGUGAAAGGAUUACUGAGUGCUUCCCAGCGUGAUUUGUGUAUUGAUGUCAAAAGCGGGACAUGAGGUUAUCAGUUGGAAUCCAGAUGUGUGUUUCACUAUCUUAGGGUGUUGGAAACCUUUGUAGGCUAUUUCAUUGAGGAUACAAUUUAUGGUUUCGAUCAACUGAUUGUAUGCUGUUUGUUUUUUUUAUUUUUGCGUUGCCCUUUUAAUACUUAGAUAUGAGAUCUAGAUAUACUUGAAGGUCUUUGGAGAAGUGUAGGCAUGUAACUGUAUACUUGUGCUUUUUGGCUAUCCAGGCAAUGCUGAACACCCUAUUUUGCUUGUUGCUCAA